AAGCGAGAUUUGGUCAAGAACACGCAAACAGAGCUAUUAUAAAAUUGAAUGGAUUCAAUACUGGCAAUGGAUUCAUAAAUGGGUUUUUGGGUGAUGUCUCAGGCGCCAUCAUAAAUUCUUUGUUGGCAAAAGCUCCUCCUUGCUCUUUGCAACAUCAAUGUGAUAAAGUUAUGGACGUUGCUCAUUUUUUGGGUGGUAAGAAACAAAAAGAUCUUACUAAACUUGCACAGUCUUUAAUACGAUCUGAAAAAAUACUCCAGAAAAUGGUCAAAAAUCAGUUAUUUGUUACGAAAGACCAAAACACGUUGAAAUUAAAGGAAUAUGCCAAAAACAAUACCCUACUUAUAGUCAUGGAAAGAAUUUUACACCAUUUAAAUCAAAAUAAUUUAUUCAUAUCAAUAACUUCACUCUGA